AGAUUCUCACUUCAACUCCAUCCCCUGAAAAAGAUGCUACGCACAUCUCUACACUCUACACCGAAUUCUUUUGACGUUUAAAAUGUGUCGCUGUGACAUCUACGUCAUGUUUUGUGCCGUGACACAUGACACGUGACACGGAAAAGUUAACCUCAAAACGGCUAGUAAUAAGAAACAUUUUGAUCCUUUUUUGGUUUCAUUUUCUGAGCGUUUUCUUUUUCAAAGAGGAAUAGUUGUAAUAUGGAAAACGAUUUAUCGUAUCAUGUUGAGGAAGCUGCUCGAGCGGAAGAAGAAGUUUCCGUAUUAAAAGCUUAUGUUGAGGAUAUUAAAAGAAAAGUCUCUGACAUGGUAGUUGAGGCUAAUACAGAUAAUGCAGAGCUAAAUAAGUUAAUUACUGAGAAUACAAAACUAAAACAUCGACUAGCAAUUUUAAGCAUAGCAAUAGCUGAAGAACAGAUGCAAAGUAAACCAACAAUCUCUGACAGCUCAAAAAUGGAAAGUAUUACAGAUAUAUUGCACCAGUUAUUUCAUACUGCAAUCUGUGCAGCUUUUCCUGACAUCACAGAUCCACCUGUAGUUAUUGCUGUAGCAGCAAGUAAUCCAAAGUUUGGGGACUAUCAGUGCAACUCUGCAAUGCCUAUUGCCAACAUCUACAAACAGUCAGGAAAGAAGGUCACACCUAGAAACCUGGCACAAAAGAUUCUAGACAAUCUGCCUUCGCAUCCAAUGGUAGAAAAAUGCGAGAUUGCUGGUCCGGGUUUUAUCAACAUUUUCUUGAACAGAGAUUAUGCUGUCAAAAAACUUCAAGCCAUUUUCCAAAAUGGUGUUCAACCUCCGACAGUAGAAAGGAAAAAAAUCAUUAUUGAUUUCUCUUCACCAAACAUUGCCAAAGAGAUGCAUGUGGGUCACUUGAGGUCCACUAUUAUUGGAGAGACCAUUGCUAGGCUGUUGGAGUUUUUGAACUUUGAAGUGCAUCGUAUUAAUCACAUUGGUGACUGGGGCACACAGUUUGGAAUGCUGAUCGCCCAUCUGCAAGACCGGUUUCCGGAUCACUUGGAAAAAAUGCCACCGAUCAGCGAUCUGCAGUCGUUCUAUAAAGAAGCUAAGGAACGAUUUGACGAGGAUGAAGAAUUCAAGAAACGUGCGUAUGACAGCGUUGUGAAACUGCAGUCGUUUGAACCUAAACACAUAAAGGCGUGGAAGCUGAUUUGUGAUGUUUCCAGAAAAGAGUUCCAGAAAAUUUAUGAUCGGUUAGACAUAACGCUGAAAGAAAGAGGUGAAUCUUUCUACCAAACACGAACGGAGAAAAUCGUGAAAGAACUUGAAGAGGCCGGUUUCUUGGAAAAUGAUGAUGGACGGAAGAUCAUGUGGGGCGACGAGUCCACUACUGUCCCGUUCACAAUAGUGAAAUCAGAUGGUGGAUUCACUUAUGAUAGUUCCGAUAUGGCGGCGAUUAAGCACAGUUUCGCCAAUAGGUUGCAAGAGGAGAAAGCCGACUGGGUAAUUUACGUGGUGGACUCAGGUCAGGCUACACACUUCCAAAUAUUGUUUGCCUGUGCCAAAAAAGCUGGAAUCCUAGAUCCGAAAAAACAUCGAGUGGACUUUGUAGGAUUCGGCGUGGUAUUAGGAGAAGACAAAAAGAAAUUUAAAACUAGGUCAGGAGAUUCGAUACGACUGGUAGAUCUACUGGACAAAGGGUUAGAGAAGGCGUUAGAUAAGCUAAAGGAAAAAGGGAGAGACAAGGUGCUCACGCCUGACGAGUUGAAACGAGCCCAAGAGUCGGUUGCUUACGGUUGCAUUAAAUACGCCGAUCUCUCUCACAAUCGCAACCACGAGUACAUCUUCUCGUUCGACAAAAUGCUAGAAGAUAAGGGCAACACCGCGGUUUACCUACUCUACGCGUUUACCAGAAUCAGGUCGAUAGCGAGGACAGCCAACUUCACGCCGGAGAAAAUCAAGGAGCUCAGCAAAAAGGAGAACAUCUCGCUGGAACACGAGAAAGAAUGGAAACUGGGAAAAGUCUUGCUAAGAUUCCCCGAUGAAAUUCUGAAAACGCUGAACGAUUUGUACCCGCACCACAUCUGCGAGUACGUGUACGAGAUAGCGACUACGUUCACCGAGUUCUACGACAGCUGCUAUUGCGUCGAGAAGGAUUCCUCCGGGGAUAUAGUGAAGGUGAAUUACGGCAGGAUUCUUCUGGCGGAAGCUACAGCGAUGAUCAUGGAGAAGUGCUUCCAUAUACUUGGACUUAAACCAGUUGAAAAAAUGUGAAAUAAAUGUUUUGUAAGUCAUCUUUAACUUAUUUCUUUCACCUUUUGUACUAAGAAAGCCCAUGCUCCAAGAAAUAUAUUUUUUGUUAACAUGAAAAGGAA